CCAGCCCGGCUGCGGCGUGAGCCUCCUCCUCCUCCGGCCCGGGAUUCGCUGCGCGGAGCGCGGGGGGAGGCUCCCAGUGGCACCGGGGCAGCGCGGAGGAGCGGGGAUGGCUCGGGCUUGGCAGCGCUGAGCCGCGCCAGGUGCGUUCCGCCCCCGGGAUCCCGGGGAAGGAAACACCCAACUUCAGCCCGGGCCGGGAUCCGUCUCCCGGGGGACCUGGCCUGAACGCCCCGCGGCAGGCGUGGGGGCGCACCGGUCCUGGGGGGCAUCUUUUCCCCUCCACCCCAGCCGGCAUGGAGCCGCCAGCCGCCUGCCUUUGGCUCUCGGUCUUCAGCUGCCUCCUCGCCUGGGUGUCAAGCACACCUCCUGAGUGCACCAUCAUGCUGGCGAUCGAACAUGAGCGUGAGAAAUGCCUGGCAGACUCCAGCCUGGACAAUCAGACAGUAGGUUGUGGAAUGAUGUGGGACAACAUAACCUGCUGGCCCUCAGCAGCAGUGGGAGAAGUUGUGGUGAUGCCAUGUCCAAUAUAUUUUAUCUACUUCUCCACUUCUCUGGGUAAUGUGACCAGGAACUGCACAAGCCAAGGCUGGGCAGACAUGUAUCCUGCCCCCUAUGCAGCAGCUUGUGGGUACGAUACCAACAGCACUCCAGGAGUAGAGCCGACGUUCUAUGACACAGUGAAGACCGGUUACACCAUCGGAUAUAGUUUAUCUCUCAUUGCUCUCACUGCAGCUAUGAUUAUUUUGUGCCUCUUCAGAAAACUGCACUGCACUCGAAAUUACAUCCACAUGCAUCUCUUCAUGUCUUUCAUCAUGAGAGCCAUUGCAGUUUUCAUAAAGGACUUCAUCCUCUUUGAGAGCGGCGAGUCUGACCACUGCUCUGCGAACUCAGUGGGCUGCAAGGCCGCGAUGGUUUUCUUUCAGUACUGCAUCAUGGCCAACUUCUUCUGGCUGCUGGUGGAAGGCUUGUACCUGCACACCCUUCUGGUCAUCUCUUUCUUCUCAGAGAGGAAGUACUUCUGGUGGUAUAUCCUGAUUGGCUGGGGUGCUCCAUCAGUUUUCAUCACAGCCUGGACUAUCAUCAAGGUUCACUAUGACAACAUUGGGUGUUGGGAGGACAUAGGCGAGUCCCGAUACUGGUUGAUCAUCAGAGCUCCUAUUGCGGUUUCUAUUUUGGUAAACUUCAUCCUCUUCAUUUGUAUUAUCCGGAUCCUAUUCCAGAAGCUGCAUUCCCCUGAUGUUGGGCGCAAUGAAACCAGCCAGUACUUGAGACUGGCUAAGUCCACCCUGCUGCUGAUCCCGCUCUUUGGCGUCCACUACAUCGUGUUCGCCUUCUUCCCCGACAACUUCAAAAUGGAGAUAAAGCUCGUCUUCGAGCUCGUGCUCGGCUCCUUCCAGGGCUUUGUGGGGGCCGUUCUAUACUGUUUCCUCAAUGGGGAGGUCCAAGCCGAGCUGAAGCGGAAGUGGCGCAGGUGGCACCUGGAGAGGUUCCUGGGCUCCGACAUGAAAUAUCACCACCCGUCCGUCGGGAGCAACGGCACCAACUUCAGCACUCAGAUCUCCAUGCUCACCAAGUGCUCGCCUAAGACUCGCAGGUGCUCCAGCUUCCAGGCAGACUUCUCUCUGGUCUGAGGGGGAGAAACGCCCCAGAACAGAACACUUGAGAGAGAGAGAGAGAGAGAGAGAAACCACCCUGGAAUUUGUUUAAAGCUGAAGAGUUGUUUUUAAACAGGACGCUCCCCAUGAGUUAAACAAAGAGCAUGAAACUGGAAAAGCCGCUGACGUCCUGAACGACAAGUGACAAGUCAGGACAUAGAGAUCUUUUUUUCUUCUUUCCAGACCUAUAACUACAGGCUUGUCCCUGGGCGAUGGAGAAACUCACAAACCGACUAUUACACUUGUGCACGACUCCAGCUUGCCUGGGGAGGGCCCAGGAGAUUCUGAAAGGUUCGCGAAUAGGGGGUGGGGGAUAAUUAAUGGCUUCACCUGAGCCGGCUUCUCGGAAACCGAUCGAAACGAUGCACUUUUUAAAAUGAGCCAAUGAGAAAAAAUAAUUGCUUUUAAUGUGCCAAGAGUCUGAUCGGGAAAGGAUGGCAGUGAGACAAGGAAGGACCGACAAGCAGGGGACAAAUUGUAGCAGGGCACAGCACUUGUGCGCGUCCAGAUGCAUUUCACUUUGCUAAAAAUAAGCUGAAAGACCAGAAAGUCAUCUCAUUGGCUUCAGAACCAGAGUGGAAUCUGCAGCUCUCCAACAAUCUGUGUUCCACCGUCGAUGAUGCCUCCGAAAUGUAGCUUGCUGAGGAGCUAAAAUGUAAAUGCCCUUUUCUGCACUAUACUCAUUGUUUUUUUUAAAAAAAACCAGGAUAUAAUAGACUUGCAUGGCUAAUGUAUAAAAACAAGGUACAGGUGCCAAUUCAGUUGCAUGGCUGUGUUUUCCACAAAAGAAACCCUCUCUGAUUAAGCUUGCUCUAAGUCUUGGCAUAUUUUUGCAGCAGGAAUCUUUGGGGAUUUAUGGGAAAGAUAUUGGUUUAUAGUAAGUUUGUACCUGAAUAAUGCACACUGCGGGGAAGGGGAGAGUUAGAGCUCACGUAGUGCUUGAUUGAAUCAGACCCUCUGUCAGGAGCCACUACCCAGAGUGAAGAAUUAACUUAAUAGCAGUAGGCAGAAUUGGCCUUGGCAAAACAAGCUUAGAUCCACAAGUAAACUGGCACUGCAGGGGUUUGAAAAAGGAAAGGGGGAACAGUGGGGCUAUGAAAUUGAUCCCUACUUCAAUUAUUCCAAACAGCUUUUAACCUCCGAUGAAGGUAUUGCAAAGAAAAUCAUUAGAUCUUCAAUAAGCGUGAUACCAUACCUUCUGUCUACUUUCUAACAACCUUGACAUGUACAUAUCAGGGCGUGAGCCCCAUUUGAAGUGUGUACAUAGCUCCCAUUAACACCAGUGGGAAUUUUAUUUUUCUUUACAUUUUUGGGGUGAAUUUAAUGCUGCUCCAGAAUACCAGAUCGACAGCUGUGGAGACCUGAAGUCCUCUACUUAGACUCAUAGAACCAUAGGGUUAGAAGGAACCGCAAGGGUCAGCUAGUCUAACCCUCAGCCAAGAUGCAGGAUUUGUUGUGCCUAAACCAGGAAUCGGCAACCUUUGCCACGCAGCCCGUCAGGGAAAUCCACUGACGGGCCAGGACAGUUUGUUUACCUGUAACGUCCGCAGGUUCGGCCGAUCGCAGCUCCCACUGGUUUGCCAUUCCAGGCCAAUGGGGGCCACAGGAAGCAGCAGCCAGCACAUCCCUCGGCCCACACCACUUCCCGCAGCCCCCAUUGGCCAAGAAUGGCGAACCGCGGCCAAUGGGAGCUGCGAUCGGCCAAACCUGUGGAUGCUUCAGGUAAACAAACUGUCCCAGCCCACCAGCGGAUUUCCCUGAUGGGCCACGUGCCAAAGGUUGCCGAUCCCUGGACUAAACUAUGCAAGAUGGGAUCUCUACCUCUUCUUGAAAACCUUGAUAUGGAUAAGCAAAUGAAGGAGCUCAAAUGAAGGAACUCCCAUGACUUCCCUAGGCGUCUGCUCCAUUGUCCUCCUGUUCUUACAGUUAGGAAGUUUUUUUUCCUUGAGAUUUAAUCUAAAUCUGUUCUGCUGUAGUUUGAACCUAUUGCCUCUUGUCCUGCUCUCUGUGGGGAGAGAGAACCAUUCUGCUCCAUCUUAGCUCCCCUCUCAGAGCAACAGCAGCAAGGACAGUGCCGGCUUCCUCCCCCUUAUUCUUCCCUAUGACUGGUGUCGAGCAGCAACCGCAAUCUCACCUUAAGUUGAUCGAGCCAAAGGGCUACUUCAGGAGUAGCAGAAUUUAUUACAGUGAGGCCUCCUUCAUAUUUAUAAAUUGGGCAGUCGGUGCUGAUCUGUUUGAUGGCCUGUCAUGGGGAACACAUUCGCCCAGUGCGGAGUCCUUGAUUUGCCAUAUGAGCAUUAGACGUCCGCAUCUCCCAUGGUUGGUUCGGAGUUGACCAAGAUUACUGUGGAAGGUUGAACCCCUGAACCUUCUGCAUGGGAUCUGGCACAAGAGGCUUCCUCUGCCGUGCUACUUGCCCCAACCAUCCCCUUACAAAGAAACACUUGCAGUAACCCUAAAAUGCUACGGCCAUCACUGUUGUAAGGUGUAUCAUUCCAAUCUCAGGGCUGGUCUACACUACCGGGCGGGAAGAGGGGGAAAUCGAUCUAAGUUACACAACUUCAGCUACGUGAAUAGCGUAGCUGAAGUCAACGAACUUAGAUCUACUUAUCGCGGUGUCUUCACUGCGGUGAGUUGAUGGGAGACACUCUCCUGUCGAUUCCCCUUGUGCUUCUCGUUGAGGUGGAGUCCCAGAGUCGACACUAGAGCAAUCGGCAGUCGAUUUAUCGCGUCUAUACUAGACCCGAUAAAUCGAUCGCUAACUGUCGAUCCCGCCGGUAGUGCAGACAAGCCCUCACUUACCCCGUUUUUUCACUGGUGAAACACAAUUGACGGGAAUAGAGUUACUCCUGAUUUUACAUCAAUGUCUGGGAGAUGAGAAUCAGAUCCUAUUGUAUAGCUUACAAUACCGAUAAUGUCCUUUGGGGGUUUAAUUCAGCAUGCUGCAGUAUUUUUUUUUAAAGGGAGUGACUGAUUGGGAAGGACCCUCCUGCCUGCUCGGAGUAAUAAGAAUGAUUCAUGCACAUAGAGGGGAAGAUAGAAUUGUCCUUAAAUGUUUUGCUUACCGGGAGGCUGAGAAAAAGAGAGCUCCAGCUGUAUACGAAAAAAUGGCUUCGGUUCACGCAUGGGAUGCUGCAUCACCGGGCUUCGUUAUUAAAGGGGAAUCCCACCUUUAAGCUUUGUCUGGAAGCAGUUGCAAUUCUGUGCCAGGCAAUCGCCCCAUUUCCAGUAGACCUGAAAAUCCUAGUCACUGGGCCAGAUUCUGCCUCCAGUUUGGUGGGUGGCACCAUAGUGGAGCAAAUUAAUGCCAGAGUUGUGCCCACUUAUGCCUGUGCUGGGUCCAUGGAUUUCUCCAAGGGAGAAACUGUGGCACAACUUAGUCAUUUACGUGGAAUUUCCCCGGCAUCUGUGUCCCCCUAGUGUUCAGAUCUGAGAGGGAGAAAAAUACCAACAAGGAUAGGCUCAGCUUUUUAUGCUUGUUCAUUCACAGAGAACAGAAAAGGGAGGCGGGCGGGGAUGGGGGGACAGGGACUGGAAUUUAAACAAAACCCAUGUUUGUGUAAAGUACUGUGGCUGGGGUCCAGGCUAUAGACCUCAUGGGCCAGAUCCUCAGCUGCUGCAAAUUGGCAUCGCUCUUGAAAUCAAUGGAGUACGUGGAUCAAUGACUACACCAGUUUAUACUAGCUAGGAGUAGCUUACCCCAGCUGAGGAGCUGAUCGCUUACCCGCAUAAGCAGAUUUCUGUGGCGCGUCCCGCACUCAUUCCACGCAUGGCCCUUCCACUGAUGACGACAGGCUGUGGGGAAAGCACAGAAAACGCAAUGGAGAGGAGAGUUUUGCAGCACAGGGUAUGGCGACACUGCAAUCGAGGUGUGAUUGCAGCACGUGUCGGCAUGCACAAGCUAGCUCUAAGCGAGCGAGCUCAGGUACCGAUAACAGUGAAGCCGCAGCAGUGCGGGCUGCACAAGCCCGCCCCGAUCCCUGGGUACUUACUCAGGCAGCUGGCAGGCACUCUAGUCCAUGCUGCUAGGCUUCACUGCUACCACAACCUGAGCUAGCCAGAUUAAAGCCAACACAGGUAUGUCCACACACGUUGCAAUCACUCCCAGUUGGACUUACCCAGAGGGGCAACCACGGGGGAUGUUUGCAGACGUGACCCAUUGCCCUUCCAACAUUUUAUUACCUCGUUGAUGCCCCCAUCAUCAUGACUGCAGGACUCAUGCAUUUUCAUUUCUGGCCCCUUCAACUCUUCUGCGGAAAAGGACCUAGGGCUGACAGUGGACGAGAAGCUGGAUAUGAGUCAGCAGUGUGCCCUUGUUGCCAAGAAGGCCAAUGGCAUUUUGGGAUGUAUAAGUAGGGGCAUAGCGAGCAGAUCGAGGGACGUGAUCGUUCCCCUCUAUUCGACAUUGGUGAGGCCUCAUCUGGAGUACUGUGUCCAGUUUUGGGCCCCACACUACAAGAAGGAUGUGGAUAAAUUGGAGAGAGUCCAGCGAAGGGCAACAAAAAUGAUUAGGGGUCUAGAACACAUGACUUAUGAGGAGAGGCUGAGGGAGCUGGGAUUGUUUAGCCUGCAGAAGAGAAGAAUGAGGGGGGAUUUGAUAGCUGCUUUCAACUACCUGAAAGGGGGUUCCAAAGAGGAUGGCUCUAGACUGUUCUCAAUGGUAGCAGAUGACAGAACGAGGAGUAAUGGUCUCAAGUUGCAGUGGGGGAGGUUUAGAUUGGAUAUUAGGAAAAACUUUUUCACUAAGAGGGUGGUGAAACACUGGAAUGCGUUACCUAGGGAGGUGGUGGAAUCUCCUUCCUUAGAGGUUUUUAAGGUCAGGCUUGACAAAGCCCUGGCUGGGAUGAUUUAACUGGGAAUUGGUCCUGCUUCGAGCAGGGGGUUGGCCUAGAUGACCUUCUGGGGUCCCUUCCAACCCUUAUAUUCUAUGAUUCUAUGAUUCUUUUUUUUAAAACAUGUUUGUACCAAGGCAAAUCAACAAGCAAAUUAAUUCUGCUCUGGAUCUGCAGAAUCUCUGUAAGCUACAGUUUCAACCUCAGAAAUUGAUCUUCACUGGCACUACUGCUAUGACUAGGGCAGCGGGAAUGGGCUUGCCCGGAGCAGAGGCAAUAAGCAAGAUGUUAGUUAUGGACCAGGGCCAAAGGCCCAUAGCCAGACCCUGAUCUGCACACAGGAUUCCCAAUACUAAUUGCUGGGGAGCUCUGUAUGAAAAACUGAUGACAGGACAUGGCUUGACGUCAGGUACUCCAUGACAGUUCAGUUCUGGAAGUGUUAUCGUACCAGCCAUACAAUGCCUGAAAAAGUCUUAUUUGAAAUGGUUUCAUCAUAUAAUUAGGUUUGGUGGAAUUCAAGUUUUUAAAUUAUUUUGAUGGAUAAUAUCAAUGUUUAUUCUUAAGCAUUUUUUUCAAUUUUAUUCAUUUACAUUUUCUCAGUUGUGGGAAAUUAUUGAGGGGUCAGACAAUAAUUAUUUAAUGACAGCCAACAUUGAGAUUCAAAAUGUUAAAGUCUUCAUAACCGUUAAAGCACAAAUUGUCAACAUCACUUAGCAAACUCAACAAAGUAAAUAUCCUUAAAUCAAACUCUAAAAAAGGUCUCAAGCAGCAUCUUUGUUACUUUGCCUAUCUGUCAGAUCACAUCAUAGGCUGCAAUUCCCACCGUCUCUCACAGAUGAAAGAAUGCCAGCAACCUUUAGAUUAUUAUCGACGGAAAUAUUUGUGUCAGUUUGCGUGUGUCUGGUGAAAUUGACGUUUACCAAUAUUUACUGAUAAAAAUCGUAUCCUUUCAAGCCCACGUGUCAUGCACAAGUGCAUCCCCGUUAGGUCCUGGGACCAACAUAGCUACAGUAGCACUGCAUGUCCCCAUUAGGUUGUCCAACAAUAAUAUUCUGAAAAGAAAGGAUUGGUGCCUGCAUGUCUCCUUUGGCAGAAAUAGCAAUAUUUGUGGUGCAGGCAAUGUAAAACUGUCACAUUAGCUGUGUUUGCUUCAUUUUAAAGGAGGACUUAAUAUACAGUGGUUAUGUUCAAGUACAUGAACAAGGAGGGCAUGAUCCAAUGGACGUUAAAACCAAUGGAAAGAUGCUCAUUGACAGCAAUGGGCUUUGGAUCAGGCCCUAAUUUAGGCUGAGUCAUUGACUCAUCAUGGGACCUUGGAGAGUUGACUUUGCCUUCUUCAGAGAGACAAGGUGGGUGAGGUCAUAGCUUUUACUGGACCAACUUCAGGUCUGAAGAUGAGCUCUGUAGAACUCGAAAGCUUGUCUCUUUUACCAGCAAAGGUUCAUCCAAUAAAAGCUAUGACCUCACCUACCUUGUGGCUCUCAUAUCCUGGGACCACCACGACAACAGCUUUGCCUUCUUCAGUCAUUCAGACUGUGCAUUUCUGUUAAUGAAACGAGAAAAUGGGGCAAAAUCAGGCUCCGCUGUGAAACCUGGAUGUACCAUCUGAACAGCGUUAUCCUGCACAAAUACAGAAUUAUGAUGCAAUCCAAUUUUCUUAACUAUAAUUACCCCUUAGAGGGCCCAAUUCUCAGCUCAUUUACUUUGGUGUAAAUCAAGAAUAACUCCACUGAUGUCAAUCAAGUAGCACGGCUGUAAAUAGGACAAGUAUCGGACUCAGUCUUCAAAGCCCUUUGCAAACACUGGGUCAAAUCCUGAGCUCACUUGGAGCAGUGAAUUCAGUGGAGUUACUCCUGAUUUACACCGCUUAAGUAAGCUUAGAUGCUGACCUCACUGUAACUCCACUGACUUUAGAUGCAUUCUUUCUUCUGCAUAUCAGUGUGCAAUCAGACUCAUUCCAAUUAAUUAAUUCUCCAGACGUCACCAUGAUUAAGCAGAUAUUACCCUGAUUCUCCAAUCGGCGCGACCUAAAGGUUAAGCCAGUUAUUGUCAAUGCUAUCAUUAGAAUCCAGGUAUUGCGAGCUCCCAGCCCUGAGUGGUAACCAUUAGACUAUACCCCUCUCUCAGGCAGUAACAAUUGAGGAGAUGGGCAUGUCCUAGGAUUAAUAAUUGUCUGUGAGGAAAUCAUAGUCUAGCGGGAAACAUCAAACCUUUAACUGGUCCUUAAGCCCCUGAACUACUCUGUGGGGAAAUAUGAAAACGGGGGGCUAAACCCAAACAAGUAUAAACAUACAAAGGUUUUUUGCAUGGAUGCAGCUGCAAUUGGUACCUGUAAAUUAAGUUGGCACUAGUGAAAUUAACACCUUGUAGGUCAGCCAAUCAGAACUCUUGAGUUAGGUCUGAACAUUCCAUUUAAUUUACAAUUCCAUUGAAUAGCCAACAAGGCAAGAUGGUGUGCCGGUCAUUAAGCCAUGAGAAGAGAACAAUCCUAGGUCAGUACCUAAAUCCCAUGUUGACAGGUGACUCGGAAAACCCAAAGAGGGAUACGUACAUGUAGACAGGUGAAAGACUGCAUUUCAUUUUAUUGAGUGUGAUAUUUACAAGCUGGAUAAAAUAACAAGCAGGACUGAGGAACUGAUUUCCCUUUUCUCCACUGCAAGAGGGGCAGUGACCUUCCACAUGGUUUUGAUGAGGUGAAUCCUCACCUCCAUUCCUCCUUUUCCACCCCCAGCCCUUUCACCAUCUAGACACCUGAUUCUUCAGCUCCUACAAGCGCCCGCUGACUGCAGUGGCAGGUCUGUGUGUGGCGCGGCUAAACAGUCAACCCAUACACAUAGAGGCCAAGCUUUAAAACUUGCCAGUUGCCUGAGGUAAAGAUGAAGGAGUAUUUGGUCCUGCCUCACCACAGCAGGCUGGACUAGAUCACCUCUUGAGAUCCCUUCCACCCCUCCAUGUCUAUGCUUCCCCAAAGCAAACAGCGAUACGUAGUAUCACAGCGGCACACUAACGAAAGUAGGGGGAGUAAGUAUUUAGCUGAGGCAAAAACUGGCAAGUUUUGGAGAUUUGUAUAAAAUCUCUUCCUGUUAUGAUCUGACCUGAAGAACGUUCUGCAAACCUGGAAACGUCUGCACUCUUCUUUGUUAGGCCCAUUUUAUUACUUUACCGCUGGUUCAUGUUGGCAUCUGUUUGGAGGGUUUACCGUUGAAGUGUACUCACCUCUGUGCCUUUUGUAUCAGAAGCAACACUUCUGAGCUGUGAUGUUCUCUGCAACCCCAGAGGACUGAUCCCAGAUUUAAAACUACAGACUAGAACAAAACAUGGUCCUUCCCACCACUCCAAUUCCCAGCUUUUAGGUCACAUCAUUAUCAGCUUGGCUCUGAGCAUGAGAGAAUGCUUCUGAGUAGGACUGUGCCCACAAAAUCCAUGUGUGCAUGAAGAACCUCUGUCUCUAGAGUAUGCAGUGGAGCUCUGCUCCCCUCCCAGAGCAUCUCAGCACUGAUCACGAGUGUGCUAUGCUUUCUGGAGACCAAGGAGUAAAAUUCAGAGCUCCUUGCUUCCCAGCGCUACCUGGCUCUUCUCAUGUACAGGUGUUCAGCCCUGCUUGGGAGCAAAGGACUAUAGUUCCUUUCCAUUGCAGAUGGGCUCCAAAUUUCAAAUUCUUGUUCUCAUUUACACUGGUGUAAAUAUGGAGUGACUCUACUGGCUUCACUCCACAAUUAGACUAAAGCAGUCAAGAGAAGUGAGUCCCAGACCCAUAUUUUGCUUCAGACAUCUCAAAGUGAUCUGGGAGGAUUGGUUUUACCCGUCUCUUCUUCCAGCCCCAAUGACCGCUUCUCCUCACCACUCCAGAAAUAGUAUUUAACCUGCAGCCUUGUGACAACCCGCUGAAAUUAAACUGGCAUGACCUGUUUGUUUAGAGUUCUCUACAGAUCUGUAUCAUGGUCCUCGGGAGAGGGCGUGUCAAGAGCCAACAGAGUGUCUCUUCCACUUCCUACCAGCUGAAAGAGCUAACUCUUCAUUUACAUGUAAUAUCCAGCUGUGAUGGUUCCCCAAAUACUUAAGAACCCUAUUUUUCAAAGCCAUGUUAUUUUAAAUACCAGGCAUAACACAAAACUCUAAAGGGCAGGAAUAGAGAAACCAAAAUAACCAAAACAGAGGCAAGGGGACUAGAAAUACCUUCAGAUGAUCUCUAGGGGGAACCAUUACCUGGAUUCUGCAGGUUAGAUCUUCAACAGAUGUAAAUGGACUUAAAUAGAGCAACACAGAGUCACACCAGCUGAGGAUUAGGCCCAGUUUGUUCGUACUUUAAACACGUAUAUAAAGGCACUCGGAAGGGCACAUAAAAAAGAAUGUACAUUUUUUGAUACCACCUGGAUUUGAAAUAUACAUUGAGAAAGCUGUUUGGGAUUCGAGAGCCUCUCCCCAGUGGCGUUUCCAAACACAGCGUUCAAGUCAAAACUCAACUUGUUCAGUAGCUGGUACUAUGUGAUCUUUAUCUGCCUUGCGCACGCUGUCGGCGUCUCUGCUCUUCUCUCCUGUAAAUAGGCUUUAAAUAUAAAGAUUGCUGGCUGAAAGUGGUGCUGACUGUGAACAGAGACUCCGCAAAGUCUCCUCUAAGGACUUGAUAUUUACCUACAUUAAGACAUUCCUGACUUGUUAUUCAUCAUGACCUUGAGAAUCAGCCCUUUCAGUUGGCGCAGUCAUAAACUCUGCCUCAUUUUAUGAUCUUUUACCCGGUGUUAUUUUUUAAGUUCCAACUCUGUACUGUAAAUACUCAGUGGCUUGUACCCUAGCUCUUUUCCCUUGUGUUUGGUUCAUCUCAGAAGCACCUCCUUGUUUCCAAGGGGCUCCUUCUCUGUGGCUACCACUGCUGAAAACAAGCAAUAAACCAUCGUAAAGGCAUUGUG